UGUGAAGAAGCAUCAUGCCUGAACCAGCCAAACCCGCGCCCAAGAAGGGCUCUAAGAAGGCCGUCACCAAGACCGCCGUUAAGGGAGGAAAGAAGCGCAGAAAGUCCAGGAAGGAGAGUUACGCCAUCUACGUGUACAAAGUGCUCAAGCAGGUCCACCCCGACACCGGCAUCUCUUCCAAGGCGAUGGGCAUCAUGAACUCUUUCGUCAACGACAUCUUCGAGCGCAUCGCCGGUGAGUCGUCUCGUCUCGCGCACUACAACAAGCGCUCCACCAUCACGUCGAGAGAGAUCCAGACCGCCGUGCGUCUGCUGCUGCCCGGUGAACUCGCCAAACACGCCGUGUCCGAGGGCACCAAAGCCGUCACCAAGUACACCAGCUCCAAGUAA